CCAGGGCCUGAGGCAUCCCUGGCCACCACAAUUGCUCCGCCUGUGGCCACCAGUUCCCCUCCCCUGGCGUCCCUCUCUCCGCCCCUGUCGCCUGCCAGUACCGGACACGCUGCUGCACUUCAUCUCUUGGGGCGCUCUUCGCCUUGGCCAACCGUCGCAUCCUGCGCAACUCUGGUCAGUGGCCGUUUGGUGUUGAAUGUUCCCCACCAAGAGUGCAUGGCUGCGGAACCGAGGCGCAGACCCGGGCCCCGAGGGGUCGCCCUCUGGGAAGCCGUGAUGCUGUUGUACCUGGGAGUGCCUUCGGGGUACCCCUACAACCUGGACCCAGAGAGCGCGCUGCUGUACCAGGGCCCCUCCGGUACUCUGUUUGGCUACUCGGUCGUGCUACACAGCCACGGGGAAAAGCGCUGGCUCAUUGCAGGGGCACCCACUGCCAGCUGGCCCUCCAAUGCCUCAGUGGUCAAUCCUGGGGCGAUUUACAGAUGCAGGAUCGGAAAGAAUCCAGGCCAGACCUGCGAGCAGCUCCAGCUGGGUAGUCCCACUGGAGAGCCCUGUGGAAAGACGUGCUUGGAAGAGAGAGAUAACCAGUGGCUGGGGGUGACACUUUCCAGACAGCCGGGUGAAAAUGGAUCUAUUGUGACUUGUGGGCAUAGGUGGAAAAAUAUAUAUUACAUGAAGAAUGAUAAUAAGCUACCCAGUGGCGUCUGCUACGCGAUGCCUUCGGAUUUGCGAACAGAACUGAGCAAAAGGAUGGCCCCGUGUUACCGGGAUUUUGUGAGAAAAUUUGGAGAACAUUUUGCAUCAUGUCAAGUUGGAAUAUCUAGUUUUUACACCCAGGAUUUAAUUGUGAUGGGGGCCCCAGGAUCAUCUUACUGGACUGGUUCCGUCUUUGUCUACAAUAUAACUACAAACACGUACAAGGCAUAUUUAGACCUUCAGAAUCAAGUAAAAUUUGGAAGUUACUUAGGCUAUUCGGUUGGAGCUGGUCAUUUUCGAAGUCCACACACGACUGAAGUCGUAGGAGGAGCUCCUCAACAUGAGCAGAUAGGAAAAGCAUAUAUAUUCAGCAUUGAUGAAAAGGAGCUGAGCAUCAUCCAUGAAAUGAAAGGUAAAAAGCUUGGCUCAUACUUCGGAGCAUCUAUCUGUGCAGUGGACCUCAACGCAGAUGGCUUCUCAGAUCUCCUUGUGGGGGCUCCCAUGCAGAGCACCAUCAGAGAGGAAGGGAGAGUAUUCGUAUACAUGAACUCUGGCUUGGGAGCUGUAAUGAAUGAGAUGGAAACGGUACUCAUUGGGAAUGACAAAUAUUCUGCAAGAUUUGGGGAAUCUAUAGCAAAUCUUGGUGACCUUGACAAUGAUGGCUUUGAAGAUAUUGCUAUUGGGGCUCCCCAAGAAGACGAUUUGCGAGGUGCUAUCUACAUUUACAAUGGCCGAGCAGAUGGGAUCUCAUCCACCUACUCACAGAGAAUAGAAGGACUUCAAAUCAGUGAAUCAUUAAGGAUGUUUGGACAGUCCAUCUCAGGACAAAUUGAUGCAGACAACAAUGGAUAUGUGGAUGUUGCGGUUGGUGCUUUUCGGUCUGAUUCCGCAGUGUUGCUAAGGACAAGACCCGUAGUGAUUGUGGAAGCAUCCUUAAGUCAUCCCGAGUCAAUAAACAGAACCAUAUUUGACUGCACUGAAAAUGGACUUCCCUCUGUGUGCAUGGAUCUGACGCUCUGUUUCUCAUACAAGGGCAAAGCAGUCCCGAGCUACAUCGUUUUGUUUUACAACGUGAGCUUGGAUGUGCACAGAAAGGCAGAGACGCCAUCAAGAUUUUACUUCUUCUCUAAUGGAACUUCAGACAUGAUCACAGGAAGCGUGGGGGUUUCGAGCAGUGGAGAGAAGUGUAGGACACACCAGGCAUUCAUGCGGAAAGACGUACGAGACAUCCUCACGCCUGUUCAAGUCGAGGCCACGUACCACCUUGGGCAUCAUGUGAUUACCAAAAGGAACACAGAGGAAUUCCCACCACUUCAGCCAAUCCUCCAGCAGAAGAAAGAAAAAGACAUGAUUAGGAAAACGAUAAACUUUGCAAGGUUUUGUGCCCAUGAAAACUGUUCUGCUGAUCUGCAAGUUUCUGCAAAAAUUGGAUUUUUGAAGCCAUAUGAAAAUAAAACCUAUCUCGCUGUUGGGAGCAUGAAGACCAUAAUGCUAAAUGUAUCUGUGUUCAAUGCUGGCGACGAUGCGUAUGAAACGACCCUGAGCAUCCAACUCCCCACAGGCCUUUACUUUAUUAAGAUCUUAGACCUGGAAGAGAAACAAAUAAACUGUGAAGUGACUGGGAGCUCUGGCCUGGUGAAACUCGCCUGCAGCCUCGGUUACAUCUAUGUGGAUCGUCUCUCAAGGACAGAUAUUAGCUUCCUCCUGGACGUGAGCUCACUCAGCAGGGCAGAUGAGGACCUCAGCAUCACUGUGCACACCUCCUGUGAAAACGAAGAAGAAAUGGACAGAAUGAAGGACAACAACGUGACAUUAGUGAUUCCUCUAAGAUAUGAAGUUGCGCUGACGGUUCACGGGUUCGUGAACCCAACUUCAUUUGUCUAUGGAUCAAGUGAAGAAAAUGAGCCAGAAUCAUGCAUGACGGAGAAGCUGAACUUCACCUUUCAUGUUAUAAACACCGGCAUUAGCAUGGCUCCAAAUGUUAGUGUGGAAAUAAUGGUACCCAAUUCUUUCCUCCCUCAAACAGAUAAGUUGUUCAACGUUUUGGACGUCCAGGCGACUAUGGGGCAAUGCCAUUAUAAACAUUAUGGAAGAGAGUGUACAUCAGAACAGCAAAAUGGCGUAGCGGAGACCUUGACAGACAUAGUCAAAUUCUUAUCAAAGACAGACAAGAGACUCUUGUAUUGCAUGAAAGCUGACCUACACUGUUUAGAUUUCUUAUGCAACUUCGGGAAAAUGGAAAGUGGGAAGGAAGCCAGCGUUCAUAUCCAGCUGGAAGGUCGGCCAUCCAUCUUGGAAAUUGAUGAGACUUCAUCGCUCAAGUUUGAAAUCAGAGCAACAGCUUUUCCAGAGCCACACCCCAAAGUUAUUGAGUUGAAUAAGGAGGAGAAGGUUGCCCAUGUUCUCCUGGAAGGGCUCCAUCAUCAAAGACCCAAACGGCAUCUCACCAUCGUGAUUAUUACUAGCAGCUUGCUGCUGGGACUUAUCGUACUUUUAUUAAUUUCAUGUGUUAUGUGGAAGGCUGGGUUCUUUAAAAGACAGUACAAAUCUAUUCUUCAAGAAGAAAAUAGGAGAGACAGCUGGAGUUAUGUCAACAGCAAGGGUGACGAUGACUAACGACUCGAGAGCAAUGAACAAAGACCUCAGGGAAAAUCUCCAAAAAAAGAAAAUACACCAAGGCUGCUUUACAGCAGUCAAAAGUAGAGAAAAACACUAAAGCUAUUGACUUACUCAAGAAAAGUGAACUUAGAAGGUAACUUGAAAGAAACUCCAGAUUUAGCCAAGCA